AUGUUCACCUGCUGGGCGAGCAAUUCAUGCUCGAAUAUGCCCAUCUUCACGCUUCCCCUCACCGGGUUCGCGCUGGUGGCGGUGAGCACGCACAUGGUGCGCCGCGUCUGCCUCGAUCCUAACGCCACCGAGGAGGAACUCGACAAGAUCUGUGAUGAGUUCCUCUGUGAUCUCAAGGAUUUACCCGCGAUGCCGAGCGCGCAGCAGCAUAAGAUCUAUGAAGACGGCAUGAAGCUCAUGGUUGCGGCUUCCUUCCUGCAGCUUUAG